AUGCGACGCAACACCACAGAAGCUUCUGAUGAGGACUCUCUCGAGCCCAUGGCGAGACAUGCCCGGCGUGCUGAUGAACCAAACAAGGAGGAGAAGCGCCGUCGGCAAAAUCGAGUCAACCAGCAGGCCUUCCGGCAACGACAGCGGUUGAAAAAGGCAGCAAACCGGCUGGCUGAAUCGUAUCUACAGCCACGCGAAGCCCAGCACAUCCUGCCCCCGCUCUGGCUCCCGGUACCAGGACUCGACAUGAGUUCCCUGAUCGUAUCGAUCCAGGAACGUAAUAAUCCGCUCAUCAAGGCGGACUCCCUGUGCCGAAUCUCAGACCCGGAGGUAUACCAGCUUCUGUCCCUGCUCGAAUCAGCAGCGUAUCAGAGUUACCUGGGAAACCCCAGCAGCGACCACCGGUUAACCCUCGUCAAGGUCAAUGUCUUUCGCGCGUUCGAGCGCAACAUCACAGCUCUGGGAUACACGCGGUCAAAGCUGACAGAUGACGCGAUCUCGCGAUUCAGCGUGGAUGGGCCGCGGAAAUCGGACGAUCUCUCCGACUCCCUCCUCCCGGCGGCGUUGCAACCCACCGCGCUGCAGAAGAGUCAGCCCCAUCAUCCGUGGCUGGACUUCUUCCCGUUCGCUCAUUUGCGCGAUGCACUCAUCCGUCACGAGGAUACUCUGGAUGACUCCCAGUUGUGUCGGGAUCUGAUGGGCUUCUGGACCAUGCCGACGGUGAGUGACAACUGCAUGCUGGUCUGGGGCGAUCCGUGGGAGCCGAUGAACUGGGAAGUGACGGAGACAUUUCUGGAGAAAUGGGGGUUUCUGGUGAGGAGUUGUCCGGAGAUUAUCUGGUCGUCGAAUCAUUGGCGCCAGCAGAGGGGGGAGCGGCGGUUAAAAUGGAGGGUUUCCUUUGGAUCCUGA